UGAGUCUAUGUUUCGCUCCUAGUUCGCUCCUUACUUUUCUCUUUUCUCUUUCCUUUGUUUUACAAUGGUUCAAAAACAUUACGACGUCGUCAUCGUCGGCGCCGGCAUCGCCGGGGCUACCCUCGCCUACGCGCUCUCAACAAUCACGUCCAAGACACGUCCCGCCCCGCUCAGCAUUGCACUCCUCGAGCGCUCUCUCGCAGAACCGGACCGUAUUGUCGGGGAGCUCCUGCAGCCUUCCGGUGUCGCUUCGCUGCAGGCGAUUGGCAUGGAGCAGUGUCUCGAAGGCAUCGACGCUAUACCAGUGCAAGGCUACUGCGUCGCGAAGUCGGGCGAACUCGUGCAUAUACCGUAUCCGGACGCCCGCGAGGGGAGAAGCUUCCACCAUGGCAAGUUCGUGCAGUCGCUCCGUGCAAAGGCAAGGCAGGGCCCUGGAGUGGAGACCAUCGAGGCGACCGUUACGGACCUUGUCGAGUGCGAGCACACCGGUCGGGUCAUUGGCGUUCGCGCACGCCCGGCGAACCAAGCCUCAAGAGACGGGGGUGAAGAGGGAACAGCGGAGGAAAAGGGCAAGGGAGACGAAGAAAAGGACGCGUACUUCGCAGACCUCGUGGUCAUCGCCGACGGCUGCUUCUCCAACUUCCGUACCUCCGUCAUGCGCGCGGCACGCAAGUCUUCGACUCGCUCCCAUUUCGUCGGCGUCGUGCUCAAUGAUGCUCAUCUCCCCAUGCCUCACCAUGGUACCGUGUGCCUUGUCAAAGGACACGGGCCCGUGCUGCUCUACCAGAUCGGCGAACAUGACACGCGCAUGCUCGUCGAUAUCAAGGCGCCCUUACCUUCUAACCUCAAGGCCCACAUUCUUCACGAAAUCGUUCCCUCCCUCCCAUCCUCUCUCCACGUCCCCAUCCACGAAGCCCUCGAAAGAGACCGCCUCCGACGAAUGCCAAACUCCUUCCUCCCAUCCGUUGAGCAGGGACAUUCCUCCAGCAAAGAGGGCGUCAUCCUCAUCGGCGACGCAUGGAACAUGCGCCACCCGCUCACAGGCGGCGGCAUGACCGUCGCCCUGAACGACGUCGUCAUCCUCUCGCGCAUGCUCGGCGGCACGCUCGACUACAAGAACUGGGACCGCAUGUCGGACAUGCUCCACCAGUGGCACUGGGCGCGCAAGCCGCUCAGCGCGACGGUCAACAUCCUCAGUGUCGCGCUGUAUGACCUUUUCGGCGCGGACGAGGAGGCGCUCGCGGUCCUCCAGCGGGGGUGCUUCAAGUACUUCGAGUGCGGAGGCGACUGUGUUCGCGGGCCGGUGUCGUUGCUGUCGGGUAUUGCGCCGUCACCGUCGCUCCUCGCAUACCAUUUCUUCAGCGUCGCGUUCUAUGCGAUAUGGGUCAUGUUCACGCACCCAAGGCCUGUCGGCGCGUCAUCAUUGGAGAAGCCGGUCCUCGUUGCGCCGUCAGUGUUGGAGUACCCAGGUCUGUUCCUGAAGAGUUUCCAAGUGUUCUGGACAGCAUGCAUCGUGUUUGGUCCACUCCUCUGGACGGAAAUCCGGUGGUGGUAGUGGAGAGUCGAGGCUCCAGGUGGAUAGACCGUCAUGGGACGGAUUCGCUUCAUAGAUACCUGCGUUCUACUUUAUUCGUGACAUUAUGUGUAUAUCCGCUAAUUCUACGUCCAGGUGUGCAUUAUAGAAAUCACCCUUCAUGCUAUUCGUCGUCUUUGGAAAGUAUCUGAGCUCGACUGAGCCUGAUUGAGAAGUCAAUCCGAAUAAUGUUGACAGUUGUAAAGUUAUCGCCG